AAGGGAAGUUACACCUGGCUUUACCUGAACAGGUGGAAUCCUAUUUCCUAGCUCUGAAUCAACAUGAAAUCAAGCUUGGAUCUAUUUUAAUCUUCAACAGGAUGGUAAUAUUUGCAUGACUGGUAACUGGGCAACAUGGGCAGUCCUUUCUUCAAGUUACUUUUACUCUAUUCAUCAGGAGCAGUCUUAGGAGGCCCUACGCUGGAGCCCCUAAAUGCGACUGUGCUGCAGGGUUCUAAAGCUCGUUUUAAUGUUAGCCUGUCUGAAUCCUGGGUGUCAAUGACGUGGUCCCUUAAAAAUGUUUUGGUCCUCACCAUUACAAAACAGGGUGUUGUUUUGCCUCAUGAAUCACGUUUCCAUGCUGAAAACUACUCCAGCGCUGACACACACCGGUGGGAGUUCAUCAUCCAAAAUGUCUGGAGAAAUGACAGUGGGCCUGUUAGUUGUAAUAUUCAGAACCUGCCGACUCUAACUGCUCUGCUCUCCGUUCAAGUAAAUGGCUCUGUAAACAUUGUUGGGGGCAACUUGACCAUGGCACAGGGCCACCUGGCCGUCCUCCGCUGUGAAGCUUCUGGUUGGUUCCCCAAGCCCACGGUGAACUGGGAGCUGGAUGGGGCCUUGCAGAACAGCAGCAACACCACCAGUGAAGCCCUGAAUGGUCUGUACAACUCCACCAGCCUACUUACUGUCCGUGCGGUCAACAGUGUCCCAGUAAUGUGCCUGGCCUCUGUGUCCACCCUAACCACGCCACAGUCAAACCUCAUCUACCUGUUGGUUGAGCCCCAGAACUGGACUGUGCUUAUAGCUAUAGUUUGUUCCAUCGGUGGCCUUGCUCUGCUGGUGCUGCUCAUCCUUGGAAUCCUGUUCUGCUGCAAACGCAGAAAUGACGCAAAAUCCAGAUACCAGGAGGAAAUGAGGAGAACAAUGCCUAGUGUGAGUGGUGGUGUAGCAGCGCCAAAUAACCUGACAUACGUGGGAGGCGGCAACACACCAAGUGUUACCCCCAGUGAAUUCAAUGACAGUGGUUACAGCCAGACAAAGGUUUCAAACAUCUUUGAGAUUCCAGAUAUUGUCAACAGCAACCAGGCACCAAACUGUCACGUGAGUCCAUACAACACCUUGGAAGGAACUGGUGUUAGGAAACACAGACAUGUUACUAUUGUCUGAAGGAAAUGUACAGUCCCAAUUACAGAAGAAUAAAAGCUGUCAAAUAUUCUUUGCUCUGCACAUUUUCAUCUUGGAAAUAUCAUCUAUGGAAACAAAGUGGGAGUCUGGCUAACACCAAAAACAUGUACGUCAGUAGCAUGUAAGUUUGUCAUGGUGAAUAAAUUAGCAUGACAUCAUGUUUCAUUUUGAGAACAUCACAUGCUCAAAAUCCCCUGCUUGACCGCAUUCAACACAAAUUUUUCGCAGUCAGAAUAUAAAAGAAUAAAACAGAAUAAUGAGGGUAUUUUUACGCUGCCAAAUGUCUGUUUGAUUGUUAUUUGUGGAGCAGCAGCUGUUUUUGCAAAAGGUUUUCAUUUUAAACUGAGAGAGCAAUUAUCAAUUCUGAGAGAUGUAAGACAGAGUAACAUUGUCAUUUAGCAGACAUCAGAUGCAUAUCUGCCCAGCCCUACUAUAGAAAACACAAAUGACAAAAAAAAGAAUAAUAGAGAACAUUACACAAUAAAAUCAGAUGGUAAUUCUACAACAAAUAGCAAAAGCCUAACUACAAACCUGUUUCCAAAAAAGUUGGGACACUGUUUAAAAUGUAAAGAAAAAUUUGCAAAUUAUUUAAACCCUAUAU